AGCUGCGCUGAUCCUUUACUCUCCGCACCAAGUCCUUCUGCAGCCUCCCCUUUAUCACUGGCCACCUGCCUCUCCGAGAGUAACAGCGGCAUCAGGAAAAUAGCUCAGAGAGCAAAACCAAAGCAAGGAGACGAGAGAAAACCCUGAGCGGUGUGUUGUGCCAUCCACUCCGUCACCUCUCCUGCUGGAGGACAGGCUACAGCGCGUUUGGAGACCGCGGUUUGUUGUCGUUACCAGGAGAGGAGCGCUCAGCGAGCACAGCGAAAGCUGCUCCACUUCUCAUUAAGCCGGGCUGCCCGCUCAGAGGAGCCACUUGCAUGGAUGCACCAUGGCCACGUUUGUCUGCAGGGUUCAGUUUUUAGAUGAUACCGAUCCUUUCAACAGCACCAACUUUCCAGAGCCGACUAGACCCCCGCUGUACUCCUUCAGAGAGGAUAUCCCCCUCAUCAACCAGCUCGCGGGCGUCCACCGGCUGCUCAAAGCUCCGCACAAGCUUGAUGACUGUGCACUUCAGCUCUCCCACAAUGGAACCUAUCUGGAUCUGGAGUCCUCGCUGGCUGAGCAAAGGGACGAGCUGGAGGGCUUUCAACAGGAUGACACAGGGUUCAGAGGGAAGAAGCACAGUGUUAUUUUACGGACCCAGCUGACAGUCCGUGUCCACGCCUGCAUUGAAAGACUGUAUAACUCCAAUGGACGUGACUUGAGAAGGGCACUGUUCUCUCUAAAGCAAAUUUUUCAGGAUGACAAAGACCUGGUCCAUGAGUUUGUGAUGGCUGAAGGUCUGACGUGUCUCAUCAAGGUGGGAGCAGAAGCUGACCAAAACUACCAGAACUACAUAUUAAGAGCUCUGGGGCAGAUCAUGCUGUAUGUGGAUGGGAUGAAUGGUGUCAUUGGCCAUCCUGAGACAAUUCAGUGGCUCUACGCUCUUGUUGGCUCGAAGUUCCGUCUGGUGGUGAAAACGGCUUUGAAGCUGUUGCUGGUGUUUGUGGAGUACUCAGAGUCCAACGCUCCACUGCUGAUCCAAGCCAUCGCCUCUGUGGACACAAAGAGAGGCAGCAAGCCGUGGUCCAGUGCUAUGGAGAUCUUGCACGAGAAGGAUGGGGUGGACACAGAGCUGCUUGUCUAUGCAAUGACCCUCAUCAAUAAGACUCUUGCAGCGCUGCCUGACCAGGAUUCCUUCUAUGAUAUGGUGGAUGGUCUGGAGGAGCAGGGCAUGGAGACAGUUUCUCAAAGACACCUUGGACGGAAAGGAACUGAUCUUGACUUGGUUGAACAGCUCAACAUCUAUGAGACAACCCUACGACACGAAGACGGUGACGAUGACAGCCAGCCUCCACCUAUGGUACGCCGGGACCGCAGGCGAGCCAGCCUUGGGGGUGGGGACAAAAGACCUGGCCUGGAGAGGAGGCGGAGCCGCAGGGCCUCUCUCGGGCGAUCUGGUCACGCCUCUCCCUGCAGCCCUGCAUCCCCACAGAGAGCCGGCUUCCUGCCUUUCAGUGGAAACAGAUCUGAGGAUGUGAGCGAGAGAGUGGAGGAAUGUGAGGAGGAUGGCAUAGAGGAGGAGAAGGAGGAAGAGGAGAGUCCUGUGACUGAGUCUGAUUCAGAUGAGCAGGAGGGGGCUAAUGAGACCACCUCCAGCCCUGCUAGACAUCUUCCAUCCACCGUUCAAAGAACAACCCUUCAGUCCAUCACCAUCACUUCCAGAAAGGAGUCUAUAGAGGAGAAUGAGCAGAGGAAUUGGACAGAACCAAGCCCAGCAACAACCACCACCAUCUCCUCCCUUUCUACCCCUACCUCUUCUGCCACUGUCUCCUGCACUCCCAGCCCCCCAGCCCAACCCUCCCUCCUGGCCACGCUGCUGGCCAGAAAAAGGUCUAUUGUCACUGUGCCAGCCACCAAGGAGGUGAGCCCGCCAUUGCGUGGCAGCUCACGCCCUUCCCCCGACCGCCUGCCUUACCUCCCCCACUCGCCCUUCCACCUCUUCUCGUACGAUCUCGAUGAGGAGCCGUCGCCCCCGGCUCAGACUAAGCUGAAUGAGGAGCCACUCAAACCAACGUCUCCCAGGAAUGGAGGGCUCAUGUCCUACUCCUCCAGCACACCAAGUACACCAACCAGCUCAAGACCUGCUUUGGGAGGUCUUCUGUCCUCUUCCUACCGACAACACCAAGAAUCUUUGGCUGCUGAGCGAGAGCGCCGCCGUGUGGAGAGAGAAGAGAGGCUGCAGAAGAUCGAAAGAGAGGAGAGGAACAAGCACAGCCGCAGCUAUGUGGAUAAAAUGGAAGAGGCCAGGCUUGCGCGGGAGGAGAGGUAUAAGAACGUGGAACGUCUGGCGGCGGAAGAGUACGAGAGGGAGCGCGUCAGAGUGUCAAGGAAUCCCCCUGACCUCGAUCUGAACUUUGACCCCUCAGAAGCCUGGCCCCCGUCAUCAUCGCGCAGCAGCACACCAUCCUCGUUCGCCUCCCAGGAGGACACGGAGGCUGAUCUGGAAGCGGAGACUCCCACCGUUCCAUACACGCCCUCCGAGACUGGAGACGUCGACGACUCCAGUACCAGUGUAGCAACAGAGGAGAAAGAGGCAGAAGCCACUGCUGAGGAGGAAGAGGAAGAACGGAAAGAAGUGGAAGUACAGGAGGAAGUGGCAGCAGAAAAGGAGGAGGAAGAAGAAGUUGAGGAACGUGCAGUGGAACCAGAGGAGAGAGAGGAGGCGGAGGAGGACAGCGGCAUCCUGAGCGACAAGGAACGGCAGAAUGAGGAAGUGAACGAGAAGGACAACUGCUCAGCCUCCAGCAUCUCCUCUGCCAGCAGCACUCUGGAAAGAGAGGAGAGGGGAACCAAUGAGAGUGGCUUUAAGGAGGCAGAGGUGAAUGAGAAGUGCAAUAAGCUCCUCAACAGCAAACUCUUUAUGCUAGACAUGCUCUACUCCCAGAACAAGAAACCCAGUGAUGAGGAGGAAGAAGAAGAUGUGGAAAAGGAGAAAGAGGAAGGGGAGGGGGAGGACAAAGAGACACAGCUGGAUGCUGACAGGCAACCUGGUGAUGACCAAGAGAAGAACAGCAGGGAUGACAAGUCAGAGCAUCGCGGCAGCAUCCGCCCGAUUGCUGAGCGGUUCGGAGACUUGAUCAAAGACAUCGGUGUGCCUCACCCUCACUUGGACAACCCGGCCAAUGAGCCCCCUCCUCCCCCACCCAAAAAGGAAUCAGACACGAUCUGGGACCAGCUGCUGGCCAGCCCUCGAGAGCUGCGCAUCAGGGACAUCAACUUCACUGACCUGACAGAGGAAGAUGACAAGGACAUUCUGGAUGCUGUUUUAAUGGGAGGAUGCGGCGAGCUCCCGCCACCGCCCCCACCUCCUCCCUGCAUUCCCCGCUUCCCUCCACCCCCACCCAUGUUAGGCAGCUGCCCUCCACCUCCUCCCUUAAUUGGCAGUAUGAGGCCUCCACCGCCUCCUUUAUUUAGUGCUCCAAUUCCAGUGCCUCCUCCCCCAGAGCCACCUCUCUUCAACAAAAAGAAGAAGACUAUCAGACUCUUUUGGAGUGAGGUACGUCCGUCAGACUCUCAGUACAGGGACUACAAGAGGAGCGGAGACUUACUCUGGUCCAAACUGGAACCGGUGAAGUUGGACACAGCCAAACUGGAGCACCUCUUUGAGUCAAAGUCAAAGGAAAUACCGGUUACAAAGAAAACAGCGGCUGACGGCAAACGCCAAGAGAUCAUCGUUUUGGAUUCAAAGAGGAGUAAUGCCAUCAAUAUCGGCCUGACGGUUCUGCCUCCACCUCGCACCAUCAAGACAGCCAUCCUUAACUUUGAUGAGUACGCGCUCAACAAGGAGGGCAUAGAGAAAAUACUGACGAUGAUUCCCACAGAGGAGGAGAAGCAGAAGAUCCAGGAGGCUCAGCUGGCUAACCCUGAUGUCCCGCUGGGCUCUGCAGAGCAGUUUCUCCUCACUCUGUCCUCCAUCAGUGAGCUUUCUGCUAGACUCCAGCUCUGGGCCUUCAAGAUGGACUACGAGGCAACAGAGAAGGAAGUAGCAGAGCCACUGCAGGAUCUAAAGGAGGGUAUGGAUCAGCUGGAAAAGAACAAAACGCUUCGCUACAUCCUCUCUACGCUGCUCUCAAUUGGAAACUUCCUCAACAGCACCAAUGCUAAAGGCUUCGAGCUGACGUACUUGGAGAAGGUUCCAGAAGUGAAGGACACGGUCCAUAAGCAGUCACUGCUCCAUCAUGUCUGCUCUGUUGUCGUGGAAAACUUCCCUCAGAGCACCGAUCUCUACUCUGAGAUAGGAGCCGUCACACGUUCUGCAAAAGUGGAUUUCGACCAGUUGCAGGAGAACCUGUGUCAGAUGGAGCGGCGCUGCAAAGCCUCGUGGGACCACCUGAAGGUGAUUGCCAAGCAUGAGAUGAAGCCCCAGCUGAAGCAGAAAAUGUCUGACUUCCUCAAAGACUGUGCAGAGAGAAUCAUCAUCCUCAAGAUAGUUCACCGACGGAUCAUUAACAGGUUCCACUCCUUCCUGUUGUUCCUUGGUCACCCGGCCUACAGUGUAAGAGACAUCAGCGUCCACAGGUUCAGCAAAAUCCUCAGUGAGUUUGCACUGGAGUACCGAACCACCCGAGAGCGUGUGCUGCAGCAGAAACAGAAACGGGCCGACCAUCGCGAGCGCAACAAGACCCGAGGAAAGAUGAUCAUGGACGUAAACUCUCCUUCUGAUGAUGAAGAGGAGCGUGAGUGUGGUCGGAAUAGCUCAGGGAGCAAUUACAGCGCCCCCAGUGGCAGUCAGGACAUUGAGCAGCCUCAAGGCUUGGACCACGCUGAGGAUGCUGCAGAGCAUGAGCACAUGAAAGCAGUGCUGAGAACCAGCCUCAGCAGCAGUGACAAGGAGGGCAGCGGGGUGCCGGGCCUGCGAACACGGACCAGAUCACGACCUGGAAGAGGAGGCCGCAGCAUGCAGGCAUGGACUCCAUCUGUGGAGGACACUCAGAUCUGUGGAGAUGACGCCGCAGACGAAAUCAUGGAGCGUAUAGUGAGGUCGGCCACUCAGGGUCCAGGAACCAGAACCCAGCCCAGAGAGAGGAGGAGGUCCCGGGCCAACCGCAAAUCAUUGAGGCGGACUCUAAAAAACGGCCUGACACCAGAAGAAGCUCUCGCUUUAGGCCUGACUGAUUCCCCAGAGGCACAAAUGUGAUCAUCCACCCCUCACCUGUCCUCACCGCCGUGGAAACACAGCCACAAACGUUUGUGUGAAAUCUCAGUCAGCCUUUGCCGCAGCCCCUUUAGGUUUUUCCCAGUGGAGUGAAGAGGCUGCAGCCAUUAUGUCGUUUUCAUCUUCCAGAAGAAACAGUGGAGGUAGAGAAAGAAUGCUUCUCAUAAGGGCUGAUUGCAUUCAGUUAGACAAGGAAAAUAUAUUUCAGUGACGCUGCCUCUACACUGAAUUAUUUAUUUAAAACUAUUUGAAUGCUGGGAUAGGUUUUGCUUGUGAGCUUCUGCAGUUGUGACGUCACCGUUUUUCAUUCAUUUAAGCUGUGAAUUUUGGUUGUAAAGUUUACCGGGCCGAUGAUGAAUCUCAAUUUGUUCUCAUAUCAUUUCAAAGUAACCCAAGAGACAAACAAAGAUGCUCAGUAAGAAUUCUUCAGCUACGUAUUUGAAAUGUAACGAGCGUGUCUGUGCUUUGUAGGAACGUGAACGGUUUUCAAACUGAUGAGUGCCUUUUUUUUUUUUUUAAAGGGGCAAUGCUGUACCUUUUUACUGUCUCUCUCUUCAUUAGCGUAUUCUCGUCUAAAAUUUCACUUCCUGAGGCAUGGUUCUGUUGAGUAGUACUGUUGAAUACUUGUUUUUUUUCAGUAUUUAUUUGCAAAGCUCUGACGUCUUGCACCUUAUAUAACAUUAAAGUGGACCCAUUGUGCUUAUUUCCUGCUCCAUAUUUUUAUUUUUUCACCUUGAUAGAAUAAUUCUGAGUUUAAAAUAAUCCUUUUUAAUCUUGCAGCCCCUCAGCUAAUCUACUAUUUGGAACAAGCUGUUUUAUCGCCCUCCCUCUGCCUUUAAGCCACCAAUUUGCCGACUGGCUUACUCUUGCAAACAAAAGAUUUGACCAUAUUAGGAAUAUCCACUCUCGUUGACAUCAUACAGAGCCAAGAAUAGGAAAAACAGUUCAGUCUGAAGCCUAAAUUUUUGCUUCACAGGGUUACUUGCAUAAAUGUGCUGACCCAGUUACUUGAAACUUUGGCCAUCUUUUAUAUUGACAUAUGUGACUGUCGCAGUGUAGAUUUACCAGAAAAUGAGGAAAAGCAUAAUAUGUCCACUUUAAUAGUGUCUCAUGCUGAAAUGAACGACUGAUUGAAAACACAGAAAAAGUUUUUUUUGUUUUGUUUUUUAUCUCAGAGGAACUGUUUAUAAAGUGUAAAAAGAAAAAAAAAACAUAUGGACUUAAAAAAAAAAUUAAUAAUCUAUUUUGAAGGACAUGCAGACAGUUCUGCAUAUGUGUAAAUGCCCUUGUCAGCUGCCAGGUCCUAAAUACUGUAAACUCUACAGUGUGCAUGUUUAGUACAGUUCACGUUAUGUAUUAUUUUUGUAAUUGCUGUAGAAACUUGUAUUAUAGUCAGAGACGAAGGAUCAAAUGAGGCUCUUUUUCUGUGAAUUGUAAUUGAAGAGAAAAUUUGUUGCUCCUUGCUGAGAGUGGAGCAGUAUUUGGACCUUUGAUUUGAACUCUGUGGUCACACUCCAUUCUUCGUAUGAACUUGAACAGUCCAGAUUUAAACACAGCAGGAAACAUCGCUGCAUGAAUGACAUGUAGUGAGAUGAACAUUGUUCUAAACACUUUCACUUGAAAUGCCGUGUAUACACAUUCUGCAAUAAAACAAAACCAUAG